ACUCAGGGGAGAUGUGCUGACUUGCGCUCGAGUAUAUGCUGUAUUCCAUUUCCCUCAUCCAGGACACCCGCGGACAUUACAUUCAUUACCUCUGAGAUCCUGUGAACUAAAUCAGCUCUCAUACGUUUACUAUCAAAUAAACCCGGACCGACGAGCGCUAAAGCUAUUUAAUACUUUGUUUGUGCUCCCAGGCUUCUGCAGCGUCAAGGAAAUUAAUCCAGUGCGCUCCAAACAGCAUAAUAACCAUGUCACUGUAUCCAUCUCUCGAAGACAUGAAGGUGGAUAAGUUCAUGCAGGCUCAUAACACCCCCACUGUGAGCCCAUUAAAGGCUUUACCUCUUCCUGAACCUUCCAGAUGCCAAAAUGAGCCUUACUAUGAUUCAAAAUCUGAAGAGAUAGCUACUUCUAACAGGUUGUACCCUGAGCUGAAUGAGUUUAUGGGUCUAAAUCUCAGUGCAGAUGCUCAACUAACUCUCUCAUCUUCAGUUCCUGAUGAGACCAGUGGGGCUGUUAGUGUCUGGACACCCGGAAUAAGCUGGGCGGCAGCCCCCAUAACAGGAAGUGACCUAGGGGUGAAGAGAGCAGAGAUUCGACAGGGUGUGCGGGAGGUGGUGCUGUGCAAAGACAUGGAUGGGAAGAUUGGCCUCCGCCUCAAAGUCAUAGAUAAUGGUGUGUUUGUGCAAUUAGUGCAGGCUAACACUCCUGCAGCACUGGCAGGGCUGCGGUUUGGUGAUCAGAUUCUGCAGAUCAAUGGCAAAUCAUGUGCUGGCUGGAGUAGUGAUAAUGCACAUAAGGAGCUUAAGAACUCCAACCCAGAGAAGAUCACUUUGGCUGUGCGAGACAGGCCAUUGGAACGAACUGUCACUCUUCACAAGGACAUGAACGGGCAACUCGGCUUUCUUUUUAAAAAGGGUCGAAUCACCUCAAUAGUAAAAGACAGCUCAGCUGCACGUAAUGGCCUGCUUACUGAUCAUCAGAUCUGUGAGAUCAAUGGUCAGAAUAUAAUUGGACUGAAGGACUCCCAAGUCACAGACAUCCUUAAUUCCAGCGGAGGUGUUGUCACAGUAACUGUGAUGCCAGUGGUUAUCUUUGAACACAUGAUGAAAAGGAUGUCCAGCAGUAUUGUAAAGUCACUCAUGGAUCAUUCUAUUCCUGAAGUGUGAAAUCAAACUGUACAACUGAGGACGAUUUGGCCACAGUUUGGAGGGGUCACAUUUUGUCUGGAGCACAAGUUUAGUUGUGUCCACAAUCAUGAGAUUUUAUGUGUUUAUGUAUGUUUGAGAGGUUUUUGUCAGGCAAAGAAAGACAAGGAGCAAGGAGAACAUGAGAUAUAUUUGCUUCAGUUUUUCCUUUAAAUUAAUAGUGUACCCAAAAAUGAGAAGUUCUGUAAUCAUUUACUUUUCUUUAUGUUGUUCUAAACCCUUACUCAUGUAUCACACAAAAGAAGAUAUUAGGCCGUAUGCAGAAUGUUCACAUUGUUCUUUUCUUUACACUGAAAGUGGGGUUGAAAGCUUUUGAACCUAAAAAAAUACAGCAAACUGUGAAAGUAAAGUAAUUUAUACAGUUUACUGUGCUACAUUUUAUCUCAUAUGAAGACAAAUAUAAUGUGAAACACACUGAAAGUCAUUAUGCACUGAUAAUAAAAUUGACUAUUCUUGCUCUCUGCCAUAGCUGUCAAAUGUCAUUCACACUUCUGAAUAUUAAAACUGGUUCAUCGCGAGCAAUCAUGAGACACGCAAAAACCAUUAUUAAUGUCAGUAUUAGUAUACAUAAAUGCAGAUAGGGAGAUGUCUAGUUUUAUGACAUAUUCACAGUGCUUUUUUGACUUAAAGUGCUCUGUCUUCACUCAUGUCCUCAUUUUAUUUUGUAGUGUGAAUAUUCUACUUAAUAUCUGGAACAACAUGAAGAUGAGUAAAUUUAGACACAUUUUCAUUUUUGGGUGAUGCCUUUAUAAUUUAUCUAUUUGUUCAAGCCAUGCUGAAAAAAAAAGAAAAACAGCUAAAACAAGCCUAAGCUGGUUGGCUGGUCUUAGCUGGUUUAAGAUGGAAGUAGCUGGUUUUAGGCUGGAUGGCCAGCUAAAACCAGUGAACCAUCUUAGACUGGUUUUAGCUGUUUUUUGUUUGUUUGUUUGUUUGUUUGUUUUGUUUUCAGCAGGGAGGGUACCCCCAGUGUUAAGACUUGUAUGGCUUAAUGUAAUGAAAUUAAUUAUGUCCCUUACUGAAAUAUGUAGUAGAAAACCCAUGACAGAUUUACAUUAUUUAAAAAAUCCACAUUGUUUUAUACAUAUUUAGACUAUGGGGGUUAGGGGCACUAUUAAUUCUUUGACAUGAAAUGGUGGCACUGGGUAAACUACUGGCCCUACCUGUUUUACUGCAACACUACUCGGAAGAUUAAAUACUGAUAUGAUGCCACAUUGUGCAACGUUUGGUUGUAAUUUUCAGUCGAAGGGCAACAAGAGAAGCAAUUUAAGCCUUCACUGCUUUUCCUAGCAAUAAGAAGAGGAGAAAAGAAUGGGAAGAUGCCUGUAAAUGAAUAAAACUUCCUAAAGACCCACAUGUUUGAUCUUUCAACUUUAGUCCUGAUGCCUUUAAGGCUGUUAGUAGACCACAGCUACUGAAAUCAUUUACAAAUGACAGAGACAAAUGCUUGUCAUGAUGCCGCAGCCACUGAAGCAGGUUCUCACCCCAGAUUUUACUUGACAUCCAGGGACGUUUAGACUCUUUGUGGGGAGAAUUGAUGGUACGGAAUUUGGUUUAAGCCUAUGCUUAUAUCCAUUGCCACCUGUAAGCUCUUUCAGUAGCUGUGGUCAUCGUAUCAGUAUUUUAUUUUCCCAGUUGUGUUAAAAUAAAAAUAGCAACAGGUAGGGCCAGUAGCUCUCAGAGUGAACAGGUCAUAAUGCCGUACCCAUGGUCCAAAAUAUGUAUAAAACGAUGUGGAUUUUUUAAAUAACGAAUGUUUUAUUGGUUUUCUACUACAUUUCAGAGAAAUAAUUUACAUUAUAUUAAGCCAUACAAGUCUCAAUACCCGGGGUUUGCUUUAAGCUUGAAACUUAUUUCAAUUUUGCGCAAAAAGCAUUCUGAAUUAUCAUCAACAUGCAUUACAGCAUGCUGAUGCUGUAAAUCAGUCAUAAUAAUAAUGCUGUUAAAAUUACAUUCUAAGAGUCAUUUAAAAAACUAUGCACUCCUGAAGAUAGUUUUGUAUAUAUAUAAAAAAAAAAACUACAGAAUUUAGAGAUGAAUUAUAUGACAACUUUAUGUUUAAGAGUUAUAAUUGCAGUACAGUUUUGUGCCCGUUUUCUUCUUGUUGUUCUUCUUCACAUUUUUUAUGUUUGUGUGGCCUGUGUGGUUUAGUACAUAAAACACAAUAGUUUUCUUUCCUCACCAAAAUUUGUUGUUUUCUUGGUGUCUCUGCAGACAGGACUACUAUUAUUUUCACUGGUUCCAAAUUAUAAAAUUAUGCUUUUUAUUUUUAGCAACAUAAUAAAUUUAAGUGUAAAAACAUAAAUGUAUUAUUAGUAGUAGUACUACUAUAAUAAUAUAAUUUUAUUGUUACAUUUUUAACCCUCUAUGGUAUGCAUUAUUUUCUAACAAUGAAAUAUUUUUUCACAUAAGUUUUUAUUACAUGAAAUAGCUUUAAUUUGGGUUUGAGUAUUUAGGAAAAUGUUGUAAUAUGGCAACAGUGUACCGCAAUGGAAAAAUACUUUUUCUAUUAAAUUAUGAUUUUCUUUUCAAUUCAAAUGCACAUUUCUUUUAGAAAUCGAUGCAUCCAGUCUUGAUUUCCAUCAAAAUCUGCCACACGCACAUACAGACACAUAUACACAUGCACAAACGCACUGAUUAUUACGGUCACUGAAGGCUAACUCAUCCUCCUUGUCAUCACAUGGAAGAGGCAACUCUGCACUCUUCCUAUUGCCCUUUCCAUAAAAUACUGCUGUAUGCAUUUUUUGAAAAGACUAAAGAAUUUCCUUAUUUAUACACAUAUACUACAAUAAACACUUCA